AUGGCGUCUUGGUGCUCGUGGACGUCGCAAUUACGACCCAGGCAAGCGCGCCCGUCGGCGACGACUGAAGCAUGCGCCGCCGCCGCCGCGUCGGGCCGCGGGCCGUCGCGCUCGCCGGCCUGGCUUGUUGCCUCUCGACCCUCUACAUUUUCCGCGGCACGAGUGACGAGGGCCUCCUCAGGGACGAGGGCGAGCCGGGCCGCGUGCCGCCCGAGCCGGAGCUGAAGACGCUCGUCGUUGAUUUGUGCCAGACGCACGUCUGGUCGCAAGACACGAAGCUAUCCAUCCGCGAGGCGUCGACGCAGGGGAAGCGGAGCGACACGUUCGUCGUCAGCGCGUCGUGGUUCUCGUCGGCAUCGCCGCGAGAGGUCUUCGUCGUCGCGCGGCCGGGCUACCGCGCCGGGCGCGACGACGCCCUGACCGAGCUCGCCGGCGAGCGCGGCUGUGCUCCAAAAAUAUACUUCAUGGGAGCGGUCGGCGACCACCACCUCACGAUCUCGGAGCCCGCCGGCGCGCGCGUCGGCGGCGAUUUCUUGAGAUGGCGACCGGCUGUGUGGAAAUCAAAAUUUUACGGCGCGUUCGUGCUGAAUCAUCGCGUCGUCCUCCACGCCAUCGACGCGAUGCCUGCUCGAUGGCGUGGCGAUGCCGGUUCCUCACCGCUCGACCUUGCCAGGACGGCCGCGCCAUCGCCGAGAAACGACUUAGUGAAGAAUUGUCGGGUGCACCCGACGCACUGGUUGAUUUCCACACAGGCGACCGGACAAGCGCCUGGCGCGGGCGUACGGCCGGGCCGUCGCCUGCGUCCACGGCCUCGCCGACGACCUCAGGCAAGAGUGCGCCCGACCGCCCAAAAAGCCCGUGGACGCGCUCGGCGCCGCGACGGUCGGCGGGUCGCUGGCGAAGGCGCCGCCGGCGUCCUGGCCCCGGCGCCUGCGGGCCGUCUACCGGUUCGCGGCGGAGCGCUCAUCGGCCUGGGCGCGGUCGCGCCUCGCGUCGCGCUUCGUCUGCUCGCACGGAGACUUGCACGGCUGGAACGUCGUACGCACGGGCGACGCGAUAAAGAUCCUGGACUACGAGGACGCGCACGAAGGAAGCGCCAUCCAGGACCUCGCGCGCUACGCGCGGAAGCGGCAUAGAGCAAAUGUCGAGACGAUGCUGCGGGCGUACCACCGGCGAGCCUUUGUCGGCGAGCCUUUGUCGGCGACUCAAGUCCGCGACAUGAUUUUCGAUGUGGAGAUCGGUUUGGCUCACGAAGUACUGUAUAAGCUGACGACCUGUCCGGAGCUCCCCGGCGGCGGGUGCCGAAGAUUCCACAUCCCGACCUACGUGUCUACCGUGCGCCACCUGCCGCCGGGGAAGCUACCUGCCGGGCCAAAGAAGCAGUCGCGCGCGCAGCUCGACACCGUCGAGGCAGCGUACUCUGCGCUCGACGCGGCGUCCAACGGCGACGACGCGCUCGCGGCGGACAUCGUGGCGAUCGGCGUGUUCAGGGCGUCCCAGAGGCGUAUGUGGGCGCUGCUGGCGCGGAACGUGACGGAACACUAA